AUGUCCGAAUCUUCUACAAUAGAUCCAUACAAGACUCUGGGAAUCACAAAAAAUGCGACGAUUGCUGAAGUAAAAAGCGCGUAUAGGAAACUGGUGCUUCAGUGUCACCCAGAUAAGAUCAAGGACGAAGAACAACGGAAAGACUCCUUGCCCAGGUUUCAAAAAGUGCAAUCCUCUUACGAGUUACUAAUGAAUGAGAAAAAACGGGCGGAAUACGAUAAUAAAGCGCGACACACCGACCAGGGAAAGAAAUUCCAAACAAAGACACGGAAAGACGAUGCAGGCACAACUACAUACCAACCUUCAGCAUUCGCAAAAUCAUACGAAUAUCGAGACGGGGCUUUAUACGAAGAGCGUGCACCUAAAAGCAGCAGUCGGUUCUUUGAGAGUGAUGUGCCGUUUUUUGAAGAACCCCGGCCUUCGUCGAGGAAAUACGACGGAUACAGGAAGAAGCAAUCUACAGAGGAAAAGGAAAAGAAGAAGAGCAGACAAUCAAACCCGCCAGUCCCGAGUCGUUCAAGCAAGGACCACAUACGCGACGCUCGGGAGUCUGUGAAAUCAAGUCGCUCGGAUCGUGCAAAAAACAGAGACAAGGAGCGAAAGAGAGAUCGAGUUCAUUCAGAGAAACACCCAAAAGCUUUUGUGGUCAGUGAACCGGAAACUGAUACUGAUUCAGAUAUUCCAUAUUAUACCAACGAGACUGCGGAUACGCAGCAUUAUACUGCUACGACUUCGGAUAGGCAACAGUAUACUGCUACGACUCCGGAUAGACAACAGUAUACUGCUACGACUUCGGAUAGGCAACAGUAUACUGCUUCGACUCCGGAUAGGCAACAGUAUACUGCUUCGACUCCGGAUAGGCAACAGUAUACUGCUACGACUCCGGAUACGCAGCAAUAUUCCGCCACAAACCCAGAGUACCAACAUUAUACUACCAUGCCCCAGCCGCAGCCGCAGCAGUAUGAAGAACAUCGAAGGAGAUCCAAACCGGAUUCCAAGGAAUCGUCAUCGAGACAUUCUAAGGACGAUGAGGAGGAUUAUACAGAGGAAUGGUCUUCGUCGAAAUUAGACGACGCUAAAAAGUAUAUCCAACGAUCGAAAAGCGGCGGAUAUUCAUACGAUACUGACCGUCAUCCGUCUUCCUCGUGGUCAUCUCCUUCUGCCCAUCGUGCCGUGCAUGUCGAUACUCCCCACCGUUCGUCUGCAACACCCCGAACCAGGGACUCUCCACGCCCCAGCUUAUCCGGAAGAGAUCGCAUGGGAUCAGCUGAUGUACUGGACUCAUCUCUGAAACCCCACAUGUCUCCUCGAAUUCCUACCUUGCAAAGCACCACUUCUGCACCCUCGGGAUUUAAGCUACCCUUCUCCUUCUCCUCCCAUCGAUCUACUUCAAAAUCCCACCCUCCACUCCCCCGUCGAUCAGAGACCUUGCCAUACUCAGUCCUAUCUCGUCACCACACGGAAAUUCCAUCCUUCCUAUCCUCCAAAGUAAGGGAGCCCGUUGACUCCGGCUAUUCCAGUCCUGGGACACCAGAAAUGCGCACGGGAACAAGCCCACCAGUAUCAGGUAGAUAUACUGUCGUCGAGGACAGUGAAAAUUACAUGUCCCAUCGAUCUGUCCGCGACCCCACUACUGGUCUUUAUAGCAACGUCAGACGGAACCAGAGCAUUUCUCCGACACGUCGUCCAUCCUUGUCCAACCCACCACCUCCGUCACCCCUCUCCAGGUCCAGGACUUAUAACAACUACCCGCUAGAUCACAACAACAUGCCAACCUAUUACGAGUCGAGUACCAUACCUUCAUUGCGAACCACCGCACCAGCCCCUUCUGGAGCGGGCUUGUUUGGCGAAGUCCCACCAAACCAAUAUGAAACGCCUAAGAUAAUAAUUCCCGACAGUGACAUACGCUAUUCUCCCCAUAUCUCCGAGGAAAACAUCCGGUACAGUUACGUUCCGAGCUCGAGGAAGGGGUCUCUCGAUCCUAAUGGAUAUCGAUAA